GAAAAAAACAUGAGCAUUUUUUUGUAUUUGCUACUUUUUUCAGCUGUUUUGAUUUUAUGUGAAGCAGCUGAAACUGAUCCUACUGAUGGCUUCGUGGCAGUGCCAUUGACGGCAUGCAAUUUCGUACUGCAGAAACCAUACGACACGCCGUUGGAGGAGCGCUACAGCUUCAUCAAUGGGACAAGACGCUUGUGGGUCUAUGCGGACGACAAGCCGCAUGAUCCUAAUAGCCGUACUCAGCCAAGAACCGAAGUUCGCAUUCAUGGAUUGGACUAUACUUCUGGAGUAUGGCAAUUUGAAGGGCAUGGUUUUGUACCAAAUGGAACCUCUGGUGCAACAGUGGCACAGAUCCAUGGAUCAGCUCACGGAGCAACAACUAUAAUACUAAGAAUCUACAAAAAUGGAGAUAUGAGACAUUACAGCGGUAAAUUGAUAGCAACUGAUCUGUAUGAUAAGUGGUUCAGGCUGAACAUAAUACACGAUGUGGAUGGAGGAAGAGUUAGUGUUUUCAUUGAUGGAGCGAAGAAGUUCGAGAUUAAGGAUAAUGGGCCAGCUCCUGAAGGCUGCUAUUUCAAAUGUGGAGUUUAUGCUGCACCUGCUAAUAUUAGUUAUUACAUGGAAUCAAGGUGGAGAGACAUCAAAAUUUUUAAAAAAAUUUAG